AUUCGAGUGUCGAGAAAACAAAUUUGCUGUGGCACAUUUGAUUAAAAAUGAGUGCGUUUCGAGCUUUCCAACUUCAGAAAUUAUCGAAAUUUGCCUUUACAAGGCAAAGGUUAACUGCUGUCGGAUACAGAUAUGUUAAUCGCGUAUUAAACAACGGCAAUAUAGUGAGAGCUCCAGCUUAUCAAGCAAUUCGCCAUUUAAGCACUCAACCGGCUGAAGAGAAAACCGGCUACCAUUCGAUAAUUCGAGAUUCGGAAAAACCUGUCGGGACUAGUGAUCGACAUGAAUUCCAAGCGGAAACGCGGAUGCUUCUUGACAUCGUGGCCAGGUCGUUGUACUCCGAUAAAGAAGUAUUUGUCCGGGAGCUGAUUUCGAAUGCUAGUGAUGCACUUGAAAAAUUCCGCUAUACGAUACAUACUGCUGGUGAAGGAGAAAAGGAUUUUACCAAUGCGGAUAGAUCGCUGGAAAUUCACAUAGGUACUAAUAAGCAAGAUCGUUUGUUAACCAUUCAGGAUACCGGCAUCGGCAUGACCAAAGAGGAGCUGAUAUCGAAUUUGGGUACUAUUGCUCGUUCGGGAUCAAAACAUUUUAUAGAGCAGCUGAAAGGGAAAGGAGCAGGUGCGGAAAAUGCGCAAAAUAUAAUCGGUCAGUUUGGUGUAGGAUUCUAUUCUGCGUUUAUGGUUGCUGAUCGCGUAGAUGUUUAUACUAGGUCGUCGAAAACUGAUUCCAUAGGAUAUAAAUGGACAUCUGAUGGGUCAGGUAAUUUUGAAAUUCAAGAGGCAGAAAAUGUUCAACCAGGAACAAAAGUUGUCAUUCAUCUGAAGGCGGAUUGUCGUGAAUUUGCCGAUGAAGAUCGCAUCCGUGAAGUCAUUCGCAAAUACAGCAACUUUGUGGGCAGUUCCAUUUUUCUUAAUGGAAAGCAAGCUAAUCAAAUUCAACCGAUUUGGUUGAUGGAGCCAAAAGAUGUUUCCCAAGAGCAACACAACGAGUUUUAUCGUUUUGUUGGAAAUACUUUCGAUAUACCACGAUUUACCUUGCACUAUAAAACCGACGUUCCGCUGAGCAUUCGGGCAUUGCUCUACUUCCCUGAGGGUAAACCUGGUCUGUUUGAAAUGUCGCGAGACUCCGACAUUGGUGUAGCAUUGUAUACAAGAAAAGUUCUCAUCCAAUCAAAAACGGAAAAUCUUCUUCCAAAAUGGCUUCGUUUCGUGAAAGGAGUAGUAGAUUCAGAAGACAUUCCCCUUAAUUUAAGCCGUGAGCUACUGCAGAACAGUGCGCUGAUUCGAAAGCUCCGCACUGUUCUAACCAAUCGUGUUCUUAGAUUCUUGCAUGACCGUGCUGUUAAAGAACCUGAUAAUUACGACAAGUUCUACAAAGACUACGGUCUUUUCCUUAAAGAGGGAAUCGUAACUAGUACGGAACCACAGGAAAAGGAAGAAAUAGCUAAGCUUCUUCGGUUUGAAACCAGCAAAGAAGCAGACAAGAAAGUCAGUCUACCAGAGUAUUGCAAUCAGCAACAGGAUGGACAAAAGGACAUAUAUUAUCUAGCCGCUCCAAACCGGACUCUCGCGGAGGCGUCACCCUACUAUGAAUCAUUGAAAAAGAAGGGUAUAGAAGUUCUCUUCUGUUAUGAAGCUUACGACGAAUUAGUGCUAAUGCAGUUAGGACAAUUUUUGGGUAAAAAUCUAGUUUCUGUGGAAAAGGAGAUGAGACGGUCGGAGAAGACGGACGACUCAACUGAUCAGAUGAUUGAGGGUUCGCUUUUAAAAUCUCAGAUAGAUGAACUGAUCCCUUGGAUUAAACAAAAGUUAGCUGGCAAAGUGACCAGUGUAAAGACGACCAAUAAGUUAGACUCUCAUCCGUGCGUUGUAACGGUAGAGGAGAUGGCUGCGGCGCGUCAUUUUGUUAAAACUCAAAGUCAUAACAUGAGCGAGGAACACCGGUACGCGCUACUGCAACCACAACUAGAACUGAAUGCGAAGCAUCCCAUUAUCAAGAAACUUCAUAAACUGAUGUCAUCCGAUCCGGAAUUAGCAGAUCUUCUGACCAAACAGCUAUUCUCUAACGCAAUGGUAGGAGCUGGGUUGGUGGAAGACCCUCGAAUGUUACUGACCAGUAUGAACGAGCUGCUUGAAAAGGUGUUAGAUAAACAUUAGGUUAAUCAGUAUGUACCUAGAUUUGUAUGGGUGUAUCGUACUCUAUCGACUAUGUUGAAAUUAAUUAGAAUAUAUGAAAACAUGUUAAGUGGUUGAUAAAUU